CCACCACCCUCAUCCCGCACUCAGCUUCUCCCUCGCCGCUGCGCUGCAGCAAUGUAGCGUUGUCGGGUCCUUGGUUUGCGCCCUCCAGCUCCAUUGCCCACGCUCUGAAACGGGCAAGCUAACUUGAAGCCCGCAGUCCCCACACUGCAUAAGGCUGGAUCUCAGCAGAGCUUCAUUUGCUGCCCCGGACAGCCAAGAUUGCCUUCACUCACUCAUUUCCUCCCUUCCGCCCUCGCUGCCUUCGCUGCGCAACACUCUUUCUUUGCUUCUUUCGCCCGCCUUCACUUGUCCUCCCCUCAGUAGACCCUUAAUUCCUAAUUUAGCUCUCCGCUCUGGCCCACGUCUCCCCCCCAAAGUACCGCGCGUCAGCUCGACACAUCCCGCCAACACCCUCUUCUCUCGCGCACUUCACAUCGCCGACUCAUGCUUUGAGGAGCAAUGGUCGCCGACGAGGUCUACGAGGUCUGUCUCCCGGUCCUGCAGGAUGAGGCCCUGGAAGACGACGACAGGACCGACAAGCUAGAACAACUGCUGCGCAAGGAAACAGGCCUCACCGGAAAAUCUCUCGAGAACGUCGUGCUGGACUGUCUCUGGCGGUUUCGCGAAGCUGGCAAUUCAUCGAGCUCCCCGCCCCCCAGUCGCCAUACCGUCAUCCGCCGUCCAUCGCCAGCUCCCUGGCAGGUCAACCGCGCCCCAACCCCUGUCAACCACUCCCCUCGAACCAUACACCCUCCUCCAGGUUUCGGAGUUGCUCCCCCGGGCUUUACACGAGCGAAGUCAUCUAAUGCAUCCCCAUUCACUUCCCCGCGACCCUCUCCGCGCUUGGCCUUCUCAAGCCCCCAUAUCCCCCAUAGCCCUAGCCUAAGCGCAUAUCAGUUCAGUGAGGGUGCAAGUCCCGCUGGCUUUGACUAUGGCGAUUAUGGUAGCGACACCGUUGAUUGGCUGGUGAAUGAUGAUUCUGGAAGCACCGAAACCUCAUCUCAGGUCGGCGACGGCACCCUCAACGGUGCUGCCGCGGAAUGGGUCCAGCCUCAGACAAUGGAUAUGAGCCCAUAUGACAUGCUUCGUUCGAUCCUGCGCGACGAUCGCCCAGACGAGGAGAUUGAGAAAGCCCUCGAAGCUAAUGGAUACGACUUGAGUGCUACGCUGAUUGCACUCAUGGGCUCCCAAGCUUUCGACGGUCAGCAAGUGGCACCAGUAUUGACCGAACAAGGGGCGUAUAUCGUCGGAAGAUCUAUGAGCCCGGCUAUGCGACCCGCUACGCCCGCCAGCCAGGCUAAGAGUAAUAUUGUGUGCAAGUACUUUCUCUCCACUGGGCAUUGCGCAAGGGCAGAUUGCAGGUUCAGUCAUGACACAAGCAAAACCCUCUGCAAGUAUUUCAUGAGCGGGAAUUGUCUCGCCGGCGACACGUGCUUGUUCUCACAUGACCCGUCCACUCUCAUGGCUCGCUUAGGUAUCUCAGAUGUUUCGACACCCCCUUUGCAAGCUACCCUCCCGAACUUCCAAAUGCAGGACUACGAGGCAUUUCCAUCGCUCCAGUCCACGAGUUCCCCUCAAUGGACCCCUCAACUCUCCAUCGCAGAGACAGCAUCCCUCGAGCAGCUCUAUGGAGUAACUACAGGUGCAACUCACCCUCCUCCAGGAUUAAGUCCAUUCCCUACCUUUACCCCAGCCAACUCCAGUCGCCCGCAGUCUCGACCAGAUAGUCGCCAUCACUCGCGCGCCGCCACCCCGUCUGUACCUGCAGUGGACGACAACGAGGCGUUUCCUACCUUGGGCUCCGCUGCAGCCGCAAAGUCCACCAAACGUCAUCAUGGAAAACGUGGCGGCCAUGGUCACGGGAACAAAGAUCAAGCCUACUUGGCAGAUAUCGUACGCAUGUCGCCAUCUCCUAACCAAUCUCAGCUUCGCAAAGGCUUGAGGCCUACGAAGAGCUUCAGUGGAUCUCGCGAAAAUAGCGUUGCUGCUUCAGCCAUCCUCGCCCCCGAACACAUUCCUUGGCUAGAAACAGGCGAGAAUGCUAACAAGGCAUAUCUGCAAGCUAGAGCAGAGGCUUUCAAACAUGGAAGCCUCAGGAACAAGUUCCUACAGAGCGCUGCACAAGCUUGGAACCGUAGUGAUUCUCGUGCUGCCAAAGCUCUGAGCCUUCGCGGCCAAAGUGAGAACAACCUCAUGCGUGAAGCCCACCGUGAAGCUGCCCGUCAUCUGUACGAAGAACGGAAUAAGGACAAUGGGCCCAAUGCACGUGAGCUCUACGUCGAUCUUCAUGGCCUUCACCCUGACGAGGCAGUAUCUUACCUUGAAGGCAUUCUCUUGAAACACAGUUCCUCUUCCCGUCCAGUGUAUGCCAUCACAGGCACCGGUCACCACUCCAAGAACGGGAAGGAUAAAGUGGGCAAAGCCAUUCGCGGUUUCCUCAAUGAAUGGCGAUAUGCGUUCCGCGAGUUCUCCGUCCCGGGAGACCGGAAUAAUGUUGGUGGCAUUCUGGGCAUAGACCCCAGCAGCUACGAUAAGAGUAUUGCGGAACGGGCCAAAGAGGGUGAGAGUGGCUCCGCAAGUGAGCAAGAUGGGAUCAAGAAGGAUACCAAGGUCAGGAUCAUGAAGAGAGACGAGGUCUUCGAUGCACCCAAAGGACCGAAACGAGCUGGUUCGUGAACGCAACCGCCCUCAGUAGGUAGAAUCAAAUAAGAAACUUGCGCUAUUUC